GAAAACAUCGAUGCUUCGAUGUUUCUUGCUAUCAGCAAGCUAAUUCAUUUUCUUUUUCGAAGGAAAUUUUACCGGUGCUAGUUCUAGUUUCGGGAGAUAAAUUGUGCUUAGUUAAGUUGACAAGAUCCUUUCCAGAGCGACAUGAGCUCGUCCGACCCCGACGACAUUCCUGGCACAUCAAAGGCGCUCGCCAAGAAGGGCUCACCACCCAGCUCCAGCAGCAGCUUCAAGUCGCAGGCUUCGCCACUGCCAAUGACCAGCAAUGGCCAUGGUUCCGGAUCCGGGGCUACUCCCACCGGUGGGCCUAGUUCCAUGGAACUCUCGGGCAGCGAGCAGGAUGACACCACCACGAGCUCUUCAUCGCCGCAGAUGAAUGGGCAUCAUCAGAAUGACUCCGGCGAGUCCGAUCUACAAAACGGAGGUGCCAUAAAUGGAACCCCUCGUCGUCGUAAACGCCGUCUUUCAUCCGGAGAUACUGCGCUCAUGGGCUGGUCGGGUGGAUUCCCAAAGUUAAAGGCCAUGACCAGCAUUGAUAACAGCUUGGAUUUGGAGCCGCAGUCGCUGGGCGAGCUGCAGGCACGGGUCAUGAGCGGAUUGAUGGUGUUUCCAAGAGUGGAACUGCAAGCUGAGGCAGAAGCAGGGCCAGCCGAACCGGCUGAAAUGGCAGAGGAGCAGCCACAGCAGCAGCAGCAGCAGCAAGAACAGCAGCAGCAGCAGCAGCAGUCGCUAGCAUCGCCUCCAUUGACGAUUAUGACAUCGCCGGUCGAGUCCUCAUUGUCCCCCAAUUCUGACAUGAUAAUGACGACAACAGGACGUGAACCUGGUGAACUAGAACUAGAAUCAAGACAGCCAAUCACUUUAGCAACUGCAACAAGUACAAAUCUAACCAUAACAACAACAACAACAACGACAGCAACAACUAGCAACAACAACAACAACAGCAACAACAGCAACAACAAUUCCAACGCAACUGGCAGUACUGCAACAACUCCAAGUCCAGAACUAGACAACCAGGAGAAUGAUGUGGAGAUGGAGCAGCCGGAGGAUAAGCAGCAGCAGCAGCAGUCGGUAAUAGAGAUUGACGACGACGACGAGGAGGCGGAGGAGGAGGAAGAGGAGGAACUUGAACCCCUGGUGGUGGCCGAGAAUGAGGGCAGCCCAAUGACGUCUGCAUCGCCGGGUCGUCGUUUCAAAACUCGCAAACGCUUAUUCAGCUCGAAUGGGAAUAAGACCAACGAGGAGGAGGAGGAGGAAGAUGAAGAUGAAGCUGAAGUCCCAAUGGCCAAAAGUCCCAAGAGUACCAAAACGGAUGGCAUUAUUUUAACCACGCCCAGUCGUUUCGCCAAGCGUGCAAAAUCACUGAAUGUCCAGAAUUCGUCGGCGGCAGUGCAACUGCGUCGUGCGCAACGCUUCAGUAGCCAGGAUCAGACCAUGCCCAUAGAAGUGGCCUCCUCUACUGCCAUCAAUAACACCGCCAAGGUGCCUGAGCCCGAACUCAAGCCUGAACCUGAGCUAGAGAACAAGCCAGAGCCUAAAAAUGAACCCAAGCCUGAUGCCCAAAUUGAGGCCAUACCGGAGAAGCUGUCCACCACUGUCUCAGCGCUGAAGUUGAAGGCCACCGACGAGUUCUAUCGCCUGCCCUUCGCCUACGGCUGGAAGCGUGAGCUUGUCCUGCCCAGCUCCAAGAAUCACAAGCGUCGCACUGGCGACGUUUUCUUCAUAGCACCCAAUGGACGCAAGCUGCGCUCACGGGAGGAUAUUGUGCCGCUGCUGACGGGCGAGCUGACCAUCGAGCACUUCUGUUUCCAGCGCCUGGCGCAAGGUGCACCGCCCGAACACGAGCUGGUGCGUCGGGCCAUGCCCUCCAAUGCGAUGCUACGCAAAACCAAACAGCAGUCAAUGGCCCAUCCGGAGCCGACCACUCCGUUGCCCAUCACCGGCAAGCGUGUGUCCAAGCCCAAAGUGCCCAAGGGGGCAAGUCCGCCGAGCGAGGGCUGGACCGCCACCAUGGCGGUCAAGGGCAACUCUCGGGUGCUGGCCAACAGCAAUGGCAGCGGCGGCGGCGGAGCUAACGCAGCCGGAACCUCGCUGUCGAGCAAGUUCACACGCAAGAGAGGCUUCAUGCCCAGACAGUCGAGGGUCGCCGCCAUAAAGAUUGCGAACUGUGUGUAUUGCCAGACUCCAUUGCCAUCUGGCUCCAAGCAGGGAUCCCUCAAGACCAACACUUGUCAGAGCUGUAUGAAGAUCAAGCGGGAGAAGGAGAGGGAAUCUGAGAGGAGCGAGUUCGAUGAUGAUCCGGAUGAUGAGGACAACGCGAGCGUCGGCAGUCUGUUGGAGAUCGGCGAGGAGAUCAAGGUGCCUGGUCAGCAUCCGCCGGCGCAGCUAUUCAAUGACCUGACACCCAGGCGCGCACUCAGGGAGCAGGAGGUGGUCGUGGUCGCCGGACGCAAGGCCAUAGCCAUUCAGGCCGAUUUGCCGCGAUCCCAAGUGAAACUGCUUCCACGCCAGCCGGAUUUAAGCGGCUACGAUCAGAUAUACAAUAAGCGCCGCAACCAGAUAUACAACAAGUCGCGCCAAGAUCUGAUGGAGAGCAUGGCUGAUGCCCACAACGGCUGUCAAGUGCUGAUGGCCAUCAUGAAAACGAUGAACCUAAAGGAACGCAUGAACAUGUCGCGUGUGUGCAAGACCUGGGCCAUGGUUGGCCGCGAGAAUGGAGUGUGGCGUUCGGUGAGCCUGCGCGACACCUAUAUCCAGAACUGGGUCUUCUGUCUGCGCGAACUGGCCCGCCACCGCACGCGCGAACUGGACAUGAUGGGCGUGAUGAUGGCCAAUCCGCAGUUGCGCAUGACCGGUGAUAUGCGUGUGCUCCGGGCCCUGCGUGUAUUGCGUACCGAUGCCAGCGAUGCGGAGUUCAUCAGCCUGGCCAUACGCAAUCUGCCGCAGUUGCUGGAACUGAGAGCCACCUGCGUGAGUCGAUCACUGAAUCUGAUGCAGUUGGAUAAGUUAACCGAGUUGCGCGUACUUCGCAUCCACAUGACGGAGCCGAAGGCCACCGUGAGUUCGUUGAACUUGCUGGCGAAACUGAAGCAUCUGACCGAGUUGAGUCUGCGUGGAGUGACCAAUCUGGGCAAUCUGAACAUGCUGGCAUUCAAGGAGCUGCCGCGUCUGGAGGUGCUGUCGCUGGGCUCCUGCCAGGAUGUGAAAUGUGAGAAGCUGGGCAGGGAGGUGCUGCCCAGCCUGAAGGCUCUGCGCUCAUUCCGCUUGGAGAACGAUCACAAGGGCAUGGCCAUGUUCCCGGUGGACGAUAUUAUGCGUGGUCUAUCCCUCGCCGGUGGCGUACGUCGCCUGGAGCUGAUCAAUGUCGAUUUGGACGGCGGUUUUAGUCCCCUGCUCGCCAGCUGUGCCACCAUAUCGGAUGUGCUACUCAUUCCCAAGUGUAUGCACAAUACGGCCAACAUGACCAAUGCCGUGAUGCAGGCCAUCAGCGACAAUGCCGAGCAGCUGAAGGUGUUCCGCCUGGGAUUGGUUACCCAGCUGUUGAGUGCCACUGGGACGCUGUAUCGUGGCAGCGGUAAGGAUGUUAUACCAGUGCGUCGUCCGGUGCCGGGAAUUCCGGACGGUGAUCACCUCAAUCACUGCUCCGCCGGCGAUAGUUGCCAGGAGUUGGACCACGGCCAGUGUGUGGCCUUUCUGCCCGUGGAGCGUCUCGAGGCCAUCUUGCACCACAUGAUGCCGCAGGCUUGGCUCUCGGUGGCCAAGGUGGCCAUGUGCGACACCACCAAGCUCAAGUUCCUGCCCCGUCCAGAGGAGAGCAGCGAUGAGAAGUUUUAGUCCUGGAUGUUACAAUGCCUAGGCGCCAUAAGUUGCAUAAGUUAGCUCAUAAGCAAUCCUAAAUCCUAAAUCCUAAACCCUCCUAGUACCAGAGAAUGGCAAGACUGAGUCUUUGAGCACCAACACACACACACACACACACCAACACACACAUAAACAUACUCAAAGGAUAUUCAACAGGAAACGAAAACAAAAUAUUUGGUUCUCAGCUCAGCGACUUUUUUUUUUUUUUUUUUAAUAUUUUUUUUUUUUUUGAUUUUUUUGUAAAUUCACUUAAAACACACUCUUUGCACGCAACUUAGACUAAACGGCGUUUCAAACGUCUCAUUUGACAUGAAAAUAACUAACAGAAACGAUGUGCUUAACGAAAUAUUUUGUUCUUGAUUUUCCCCAAACUGCUGCGACACUUUUUUUUUUUUUUUGGAUUUUUUGUAAAUUUGCCUAAAAGACAUUCGUUGCCGAAUAUUUCUUAGGCUGAACGACGUUUAAUACGUCUCAUUUGACACCUAAACACUGUUUGUUUACCUUUGAGUAUUAAUCUUCAUAUUGAAUAAACACUGUACAAUCAAACAAACUUGUAACAGGAGUAAAACGUAAUAAUAAGGAAAAUCUCCUAGAGUGGGAAAGUGUUUUCUUGACUAAAUUGAUUUAAAACGUUGAAUUUUAAAUUCAACGAUAUUUUUUAAGUACUUUAGCAUAUAAGUUAUGUUGGUCUUGGUAAGAAGUCCAGAACGAACUAUUGAAUAAAUGACAUCCCUUAGAAUAAGAAUAAUUUUAUUUUCGCCAUUCAUUUGAAAACCGUAAGUUAAGAACAUCACUUUUCGUUUAUUUCAUACAAAGACAUUGUUUUUAUUGCAUUUAAAUAUAAGCUCUUAAUAAUAAAUCUCCAAAAAUAUACAGUA